AUGACCAAAUCCUCUACGGCAGGUCCAGCUGGAGAAAAACCGCUGUGCACGCUGUUUAUAACUUUCUGCGACCUCGAUUAUCCGGUUCGUUUCGUGUUUUGGCCGCUUUUGUUGUCCUCCUCGCUUUUUUUUUGCGUGUUGCCUUGACGCAAUCCUUUUACCUUUUUUUUUAAAUUUUCAUUGAAACAGGAAUAAACUGUACAGUUAUGUUUUUUUGAAACUCCACGACUUUGUUGGAAUCAAAACCGUUUGAGCUCAAAAGUCGCAACAAGUCACGUUGUAAGCGAUUUAUGCAAAUGCAUAAUCCGCUUCGUAUUUGAAAAAUUUUCCUUUCUGAAUCUUUUUUCACGUUUUUGAGGACGCGCUACCGAUAGGAAGUUUUUUCAUCCUUUUUUUCGUCUUAAAAUAAUUUUCCUAUCAAAUAAAGUGAUUUCAUUUAAAUUUCCUAAAACGAUAAUUUCGAAAAUUUAUUCUUUUUAACAGUUUUUUGGUUUUUUUCUUUCUUGAAAAUAAGACUCCUAGUUAAAGGCUUGAAAAAUACUUUCAGAGCUCAAAAACAGCUCGGUAAAGAAAAACUAUAAUCAUUAUUUGGUUUUUUCUGUUUGAAGCUGGCAAUAUGUGGAGUGUGGUCAACUUGCUCCGACUUGAUUUGGGGUUUUUCUUAUUUUUCAAAAAAUCAUAGGAUUUUUCUCUCAACUUGUCAUUUCAAGGUCAAGCGGCCUUCUCUACAAGGUAUCCGAGGGUUAAUAUCGCUGCUUUUUUAUUUCUUUUUUUCAGUCUGUUCAAGACUAGCCAAGUUCUGGAGUCUAAGUUUUCCCGGCCUAAACCGAGUUUCAUCCAGAAAAAGCUUGCUUGUGAUUUUUUUUAAACUCGCCUUUUUAAGGUCAAGCGGCCCUCUCUGCAACGGGUUCGAGAGCUAAUAUCACUGUUUUUUUUUGUUCUUUUUCUGUGUCUAGGACACAACCAAGUUCUGAAGUGCUUGUUGGCGGAGACAGUGCGAGGAGAUAUCCGGAACGAGGCGAAGGAUUGUGAAAACGAGCGACGGUGUCUCCGUAGGGCAGAAGGGACACACGAAAAAGAGCUCUCCACCCACAAACAAACACUAAACACGCGCUCGAAACCUUUCUUUCAUCCUUGUCUAGGAUGUUCAAAUUUUUGUUUUUUUUUUUCAAACAAGUCAUUUGGGUUUUGAAAUAUCCCUUGACAGGCUAGGUUCUGAGUAUUUAUAUGAGGGAUUACCUAGAAAGAAUUAUAAUGAGAAUAGUUCCCUCUUACUCUUCUAAAUCAAUCCUCACGUCUCCACUAACUUCCAGACGUUAUAAUGGAUUAUUUUUGCUGCAAUCCCAUUUUUUCAAACCCAAAACAGGAAACGUGUGGUUUCAGGACCGCGACGUGACCACCGCCCACGUUUUCAGUACAAAGCAGCAGCGGCAGUACCCCCAGACGAGGAGGACCGUCUACACGAGGCAGAUCUCCACACGUUGGUUUUUAAUUUUCGCAUCAAUUUUUUUUUUGACCGGUUGUUUUUUUCCUUUUGAAAUAUUUUUUUCUUAUUUAUGCUUUUUUUAUCAUUGAAUGCUUUUACGAUUUGCAAACUUCACCAAAAAGUUGGCAUCGAGCCUUGAAGACUCUAUAUUCUAACGUCUUCUUUAAAUAUAUAAAUUUUUUUUCAGCAUCUUCAUGAAAUGAAGCUUUCUGGGGUUUGAAACUUUGAAGUUUUUUUCAGUCAAAAACUUUGCAAGUUCCAAUGACAAAGAAAAAGAUAUUUGUAAGGCUAGUAAAAACUUCAAACCAACUUGAAAUAAAACUGAUAUUUCUCCUAAAUUCUAAAAAAAAAAUCUAAUUUUCAAGAUUAUCAAUCCCUCUUCCCCCACUUUAUGAGAAACGUGAAGAAAGAAAAACUGCUCGAAAGAGUUUCGCGGCUUGAGACUGAUAAGGUCUGUUUGCCAGCUUGACAAAGGCGAGAAAGGAAUGCAAAAAGGAAGGAAAUCUAAAUGGCACACAACGUAAAAGUAUUAAGAUAAAAACUGUAAUCACCGGUCGUAAAGUUCAUGUUGAAUGGAAAGUCGUCAAAGAUUCGGUUAUCAAACUGAAACUAAAGUUCACUUAGUUUUUCGAUGAGUGGAUAAAAAACUCAAAAUUAGGCUUUAUAAGGAUCGCUCGGUCGCAUGCAGAAUGGCUUUGAGCCAUACGAUCGGGACAAAACUGAAAAUCUCAAAGCUCGCACGAGCUGUUUUGGGUCGGGUGCUUUAUAAUAAAAAAAAAAGAUUCAAGCUGAAGACAACUAGAAAAAAAAGACCGUGAAGGCACUAAACUUGACAUUUAGUUCAACUUAAACUUUUUUUCUUCCUCGUUUCAGUCGGGCGGCAAUUAAGUGACACGGUUUGAGGUACCAACUGCCAGCCAAGACCUUUAAUGGGCAGCGAUUUUCCAGUGGCGCAGCUCUCCUUGAUGCGUUCAGCAAAAAAAGAAAGAAAAGAAGGAAAAAAACAACAACAUGGCAAUUACCCAGCGGACAAUGGAACCUCGGACUGUUCAUACUAUUUUUUGAGAGAUUUUCGAAGCUUUACGUUUAGAAUAGCCAUUUUUGUGUAUAGGGAUUUGCAAGAAUUUUAGUUUUUCGUGGUUAAACAUGUUAUUUUUGAUAUGUUUUGAAAUUUUUGUGAAAUUUCCUUGAAAAUACGAAACCAAAAAUAGAAAUCAACAAAAAUAUUUUCCGAGCGUGUGGCUCUAAUAUAUUUUUAAUGAGCUUGAGAUUCGUUUGUAAGAUCGAAACUUUGAUUCAAAACGCUCUGGACGCGUUAAAACUACCGCGGAAUUUUCAACUCGCCUCUGAAUAUGCGUAAAUUGCAUUGAGAUCGGCCGUACCUUCAAAACAACCAUUAUUAGUUGAACCUAUCACUUUUUCUACAAUUUUCUAUUCAGACAAAAGAAAAAAUUUCAGAUCGAUAGAUUUUCAGCAAUUUUUCGAUUCUCAUCAAAACUACCACUCGAAAAAUUAUUGAGCUUCCGAAAAUUGCUUCGAAUUAAAAAAUUGGGCUCAAGUGUUUUGUCUUCCCAUUGAGAUAUUUUUCAAGUAAAUCAUUGUUGAAAAUUGUUAAGCCAGGAGAUGAGAACAUUAUUUGUUGCCGCGACAAAGCCCCGUUCGUUUUGAAGAAAUACAAACACGGAACAGUUGAAAACAAAAAUUUUAUUUUUUUGUGCCUCAAGAGAAAUUUUGAGUAUUUUUCAUGAUUUUGAUGACUGUACAAGGAGAAGAUCGGACGUUUCGAACUUUUUGAAGCAGUGAAAUGAUUUAAAAAUAUUUCAGUCUAAAUGCAGCCCUUGUUCUCCAGCUUCUUAUUUUUCAUCUCUUCGAGUCUAAGAAUACAAAAACAUAAUGACUUUGUAACAAUAAACUCAUUCAUGAGCUUAAACUCUCGAUGUACUAUUUAACAGCCAGUUUCCAAAAAUCUUCUGUUUUUCUCUCGUUCAAAGCCUUGAAAUCCGUUUCCGACGCCAUUAAAUUACACAUUUCAUGUGUGACCCCAAAAAAAAAACAUAUCUAGGUUGAACAAUACACGAUUUCGAGGUCAAAAUCACAUGAAAAUUCUGAGUAAAAGUGGUUUUUUCUAUUUAUUUGCGUUCCGAGGGUCGUAUGCAUAGAUGUUUGUACGAUACAAACACAUCAUAUUCGCAAAUACGCACUGUUCGUCUUUAAAUGUAUCAUUUUUGCCGAUUGAGCUCUAAAAUGGUUCUGUGAACUACUUUCAGAGAAAAGUAUUCAAAAUGCUGCUUAAAUUUUUUCAAUCGACCGACAGAGAAAGCAGUUAUGGGCCGCCUGUUUCAGGUGUACCUUACUUAUUAUUUCUUGAAGUUCUUCUCGAUAUAUGGAAUUCUUUGUGUCUAUGAUUGUGAACGCUUGAUAUAGUUCUAGUCGAUUUACCCCCACUCGAAAAAAGUUAAUCGUACAUUGGUGGGUUCACAGCGAAAAAAAAAGUUCUGCGCCCGACCCAAAGCGAUUCGCGCUACGCUUUAUUGGCAAGUUCAGAGUCAUUGAAACUUAACUAACAAGCUUCAAGAAUCCCGAUUCACAUGCAACUUCUUCAACCGUUCUAAGCGCCACUAGUAAAAAAAUUAAUAAAAAGGGCCGCUUUUUUGGCUAAAAAAUCUUCAAUGCCUUCCAGAUCAUAAUCCAACUUGUUUUUUACGAAAAACUUUUUUAUGGCUUGAAUCGUGGCCGUUCUGAGGCAAAUCAGACGACUUUUCGUCUCAACUUGUUUUUUCCUCCUCUCUUUCCCAUCUUAAAAAACUCUACGAAAAAAAAGGAUAAUUUUGGAAUUUAGGGGCGAAGCCGCAGAUGUCCCUUGUAUCACCACCAUACACAGACGAAGACAUCUACGACCGACCCCGUCUGGGAAGUACUGCCAAUACGAAAGUGAAGAAAAUAUCUAUGGAAGAAGAUGAUUUUGCCGUUUCAGACAUCCUCAACUGUCUCCUCGCCGUCGCGCUAUUAUGACAACCACAUUGUACAAGAGGUAUCAAAAUGUGUUAUACUUAACAGAAAACACCGUUGAAUUGCUCAGUUUAAUAUAUUUUUCCCUAAAGCGCGCAAACCGUCUUUGGUCGGGCCCAACCUUGAAAAAUGGCUUUGCCGCUUACAACCAGACUUUGAAAUAGCUACGUCCUUUUUCUAAUUUCUAGGUGUCCCUCAGUUAUUCGGCUCCUUACACAACGGUAACAAAGCCCAGCGAGCCGUUGGCGGUUCAAAUUUCCAAUGGAAAUGGUGUCGCCGACUAUAACAGAGUUUAUGGAGACCAAGGUCGGUUUAGUUCUUUUUCUUAAUAACUACCAAAUUUCAUCCAUAAAAUUGUGUUCCUUCUUUAAACUUGUGCGUGGAGUUGAAAUAGAAGUUUUAUUUGGAUCACAUGCCAGUCAACCGCAUUGCAGGUCACGACGAGUGAAAAAAAAAAUGGAAUAUUGAGCGCAAAGAAGGUCGAGACACUCGAAAAUGCAAACACUUACUGCCUAAUGCGAUUCCUUUGCCAGAGUAAGACGUGAAAAACUGUGAAUGCAAACAUUUGCAUAAGGAUGAAGAUGAUGGAUUUUUUGGUAAAGCACUGCUUUGAAAAAUUGAGACUUUAGGGUAUCAAAAGUUCUUUAGAAUUUGAGAAGGCUGGAAGUUCGCAUCUCAACAAACAUAUGAAACAGCAGAGUGACCUAAAUUGAUAUAUUGUGGUUUGAAAAAAAAAACUAUGAGCUCAGCAAAAAGUUUUUUGUCGCCAUAUUGAAAAGGAUAUCUUUAAAAAUGGGCAUCGUUUGAACCAUUAAAAAAAUUUUAACCGACAUUUUUAAAAAAUCUUAUUUUCCGACUUGAUAUGGUUUUUUAGAUCGAUAAAAUCGAAAAGAAAAAAAAAUCACUUAAUACUGCUUCUUGGAAGUUAGUAGGAAUUUCCAUGGUAACAUUAAAAAAGUUAAGAAGUUGUGUGGGUUGAAGUAAAUGGUUGUGCAAACGUUGACUAAUCUUGCAGCUUGUUAUUUCCGCCCUUUUGCUGCCAAUUUUUUCCGGUAAGGCAAACACCUCAAAAAAGGAGUCAUUUUCCUUGAACUUACCCAUUCCAUCAGUUGCAGCCAACUUCGCCGCCUACUACUCUGACUUGAACCAGCAGCGGCUCAACCAAAAGAAAUAUUCUCCAAAGAAGCUCGAGUCCUUCGAAAGGGUCUAUCCCUCAGGUCGAAGCGAGACCGAGUUUCCAGGUCAGCAGAAUUACUCGUAUCUAGGUUAGAAGUUCCUUCCUGUAAAAAUUAGCUUAGUUCUUCAAUUUUGCAGUCAAACGCUACGGCACCGAGGAGAUCCCUUAUUUUUCUGCCCAUUCUGCGGUUCAAUCAACUAGAAACACUCCGAUUCAUACACCAAGGUCUUUGGUUGAGACUCCGACCGUUCGAGUUCCAAGCGCCGUUUCUCACAGUACUGUCCUUUCUGAGAGCACGACUAUUGAAGAACUUACGACGAUUACCACGACAAAGUGGGUUUUCUCGGCUUUUUGGUUACUUUUCACCAUUCUUGAUUACCUCUGUUUUUUUGAAACGCACAGGUCAAAUGGCUGAACUUUUUGAAUAGAUUGUGUUAUGUUAAAAUUACUACCUUGAGAUGGAGCUGUUUGCGUCAACUUUUGAAAAAUCAUGUGCGCAAGUCGUUUUCUGUCGGGCGCAUGCGCUAUUCACGCAUUGAGCCGCUUCAUGUGCGGUUUCGGCCCUCAAACUUGAACAGUAAAAGAGAAACCUUCACAACCUGUUAAUCUUCUAAAAUUCAGCCAUGAGUUGAAAAUUGUUCCCCAAAAAGGAAAGUGACAAAAAUCAUCGAACAUGCAUAUCGAGUCUCACAAUCGAAUCGGCCUACUUUCCAAUAACCAAGACUUUUCAUGCGUUAUGCAGUUCCUUUACUUUCCAUUUCCAUUUCAAAAAAAUGUUCUGCCCGUUUUCGGAGAAAGUGAAUAAAUUUCUCAGGUUUUAUAUUUUCAAUUUGUUCUUGUUCUUCAAAAACGUCGAAAUCCUAAGCAUACGAUCGACUCGAAGUGACAGGACAUCAGAAAUGCCGACAGUAAACGCUCUCGCUGAGCAGUUUGAGGCGACGGCGCGACAAGAGAAAAAAGAGGCCCUCAGAUCGAAAACAAGUCCCAAACAACCUUCUUCAAGGAAUGUCUUCAUCAGCCGACCGAAUCGUAAUUUCUAAUUUUUUUUUUUUUUGGAAAUGAAAAAUUCAGAGAAUUCACCGAAUUAUAAUCAACGCGUCCGACACAUCGAAAAACCCUAUUAUUCUCCCUCCGACCAACGCGGUAUCGUCACCACGACGAUUGUGGACAUCGAACCUCCUGGAUAUGGCAGAAGAGCCCGCGUCGAACAGUACAGGGUGAAUAAACAUAGUUAUCCCGUUCACAUCACCUUGCUAAUGAUAACCUAAGUUUUAACCAAAAUCUUGCUUUUUUCCAGAUUGAAGAAGAAUACCGAUCGAAAACGACCUAUGGAAGACCUGCAAGCCAGCAAAGUCAAACAACUCAAGCAAGCGAGCAAUCACGAACCCGAGAGGAAGAAGUUGAGGUAUUUCCUGAAAUUUUGAAAUUCAAAAACCUAGAUUUUUCACUAGAUUUUUGUCCGCUCACACUCUCGCACGGGCAAAAAAGCUCCAGAAUCUCCUCCUGUUUCCCCUCAAGUGUCCCCAACUGUGAGGAAUGUCAUUGAUAUUUUCGAGCGUAGAGAAGGUAUUUUUUAUGAACCCAUGAUUGAAAAAGUACUCUGAUGGUUGUAGAUCAAAAAAUCAACAUUGAAAACAAAGAGAACGUUCCACGGAGGCCAAGUUUGACUCAAAGUCGCACGAUGAUCGCAACUCAAGAAGUUACGGAGCAGGUUUUGAAAGAACUAUACCAAAACUUCACAAUUUUUUUCAAGCAAAUCUACAUCCCGAAAAGAGAGCUGGAUGACAUCGGAAGCUACGGACAAAGCUGGCGUUCGAGACCUGCUGCAGUUCCUCCUCCGAUUCCGAUUACUCCAUCUCCAACUCCUACUCCGACUCCAAGUCAACCUGAGUUCAUCAGAACCUACGAGGAAGAAAGAAGAGUAGUUACUCGACGUGACGGCUCCAGUGGAGUCGAAUCAAGAAUCUCAGUCAGUCAACCUCCUCCGAUGACAGUUCACGCCCCUAGAGAAGAACCAGAAACUCCAACUCCAACUCCAACGCCAAGAGAAACUCAAAAAGAAGAGGAGAUACUCGUAACAAGAUCCGACUUCAAAACAGAUACGCUUCUCACUGAGCUCUUCAAGAAGGAGGAGAAACCGUUCGUGGCUCCCGAGCCCGUCAAGCCGAAGGAAGAAGAAAGAGAAGAAGAGCUCAGGACUGAGACGACAGAUACUACAACAGUUUCAACUUUUGCGGAGAGAGAUUACCGGCUCAGGACUUAUGAAGAGAUGUUAUCAACUUCAAGGCGGAGAGAUCGAUCUGCUCCAGCUCCUUACAACGUGAGUCAUGCUUUUUUCAAAAUGGAAGUUGCAAAUUUGAAGAUUCUGUGCAGAGUUCGCGGAUCUAUUCGAUCUCAACUGAGAUCAUUAGUGGCUAAAAGUUUUUGUUCAAUGAAAAAAAAAUAAAAAAGCUCCAUAAAGCAAAAUUUCCUUUAGGUGCUAUUAUCUCAUCUAUACCUUUUUGAAAGCUUGCUUUCGCUUGCUUAUCUUUCCUUCCGUUUAACGGAAGUUUCAUCUAUUUAUCGAUGAUUAACUGUACAGCUUAUUCCUAUAAAAAGCGCCUCAACCUACCUCAACAUUCUUUUCUACAACUUUUAUCAACUUUCCGUCGCGGCGACAAUUUUAUCUUAAAACUAUCUGCCAUUUCACGUUUAAGCGCCAUGAGCAUUAAAUUUUAAUGCGCUUUAGUUAAAAGAGCCCUUUACGCCGCGAUAGUUGACAUUUCUUCUCAAUCUGUCAUUGAGCCUAGUUCUUCAAUUUUCUCCGAAUAAGUCAUGUCCGAGAGCGCGCAAAGAGUCACUGAAUCGGUAAAAUACAAUUUUUUCCGUGAAAAAUACAUUAAUAUUUUUUAAUUUCAGCGCUACGAGUACCAAUCCGUCCAAGACAUGGUAAUAAAAUAUUGAUUCUAUCAAAAUACAUUUUAUUUUUUCAGCCGACUUACAAUUCUUCCAGCUCCUACCACCGUAGUUCCUCCAGGUUUUUUCGACUUGAAAAUUACUAAUUGGAAAAAUGGUUUUUAGUGGACUGAAGAAGACCAUGUCCGACGUUCAAUUGGAUUGUAAGUUACCGAGAAAAAAUUUAGGAUAAGGGAUAUAGAAAAAUUUUAAGCUUUCUGCUUCUCAGGCUCGAGAUUUUCGUGAAAUAGUCUCGAAUAAGACUGCGAAGGAGGUUUCUUGAAUGAGAUUCAUUCUUAUUUUCUCAGUUCGUUGAAAACAUCAUUUCUCUCCAAUAAAACCUUGCCAAAGUUGUUCCAAGAUCCUUCGUGGGAAUUCAAAAAAGCUGAGGAACUUUUGGAAGGGCCUCUAGACGUUGAAUAUUUGAAUAUUUACUCUAGACGUUAAACCGUUUCGUAACGUUUUUCAAAAAAGAUUUCCGUUUUAAGAAUGUAUAAACAAAAAUAACCGGCUGGAACGCGGAAAAACGUAAAAAUAUGUACUGUAAUGUCAUCAAAAACGUCGUUUUCGAAAAAUGAGUCUUAUCACAAAUGUCUCCACUAGCGAUUGCCAUUUGCCACGGCAGCGUUAAGAAUGAGAUAACGUGCGAAAAGCUUCUCGUGGGUGGAAAGCUACGAUAAAAGACGACGUCUGAUUAGGAAAAAACUCAUUCUUUCGCUGGAGGCUCCUCGCAAAUGGCCUACUAUUCAGCCUACGAAGUUCAACGUUCCGGCGUAUCCGGCCUCUCUGGUGGCAUCUGCACCGUCGCCAUCCGUGAGAACCGUGAGCGUGAAAAGCGCGAGAUCGGAGUUCUCAACGAUCGCCUCGCUUCUUACAUCGAGAAGGUCUGUGUUUCGCUGAAAAGUAAAGUAACACAUUUUUUCCAAAGAAGAAAGAAUGAGCUCUCGGGAUUUAACAUAAAAAUACAAGGGAUAGGAAGUCAUGAGUAUAAUGCACGAGACUAGAAACGACUUCGCCUUUUUUGAAAUAUGCUCUUCUCGAUACAAAUUUUUGAUCUUUUCUCACAGAAAAGCCAGUUUUUAUUCAUUUCUUUCCAGUACAGAAAUGAAAUACUUCACAAAAAAAUGAAUUUUUCACCCGACUUAAAACGACCCGCGCGUACUCACAUCAAAAUUUUUUUUUCUCCUCAUUUUUCAUUUUUCAAUUUCCAGGUCCGCUUCCUCGAAGCCCAGAACCGCGUUCUCAACCAUGAUAUCGAAAUCCUGCGCCGAGGAUUCUCUGCUGACAACAACCAAGUUGGAUUCCUCUUCCAGAGCGAGAUUGAGGUGAAUUCAUCACGAAAUUCUUGUCUUUUAAAAAAGGACUUCAGGCUGCCCAGCGUGCAGUGAGUGAAACCGCGGCCGCUCGUGAACGUUUCGGCAAGGACGUCAGCCACCUGACGACCGAGGUGACGUCCAUCAAGACCAAGUGGCUGGAGACCCUCAACCUGCGCAAAGGAGCUCGCGGAGACCUUGACGCCGAUCUUGAGAAGCUGGCCCACAUUGAAGGAGAAAUUUCUCUGGUCAGCCGCCGCAUCAAGAUCAUCGAGGAGGAGUGCAUCCGCAUCAAGCGCGACAACCAGAAGAUCUACUCCGACAUUGCUCAUGUCAAGGCUGUGAGUUGAAGAAAUUUUCUCUCAGUUCAAAAUUUAUGGAUUUUAGCAACGCGACCAGGAGAUCAGCCUCCGAAAUGAAUACCAACUCCGCGUCCAGGACAUCCUCGCCCGCGUCAAGCACUUCACUUCUGAAAACGAGACGGUUUGGAUCAAGUUCAGAACAAAACCAAAUUUGAAAUUUUUAGAAGAUCCAACAGGAGCUGAUCUACAUCCGCCGGGACACCACCGAGGACAACCGAGAGUACUUCCGCCGUGAGCUCGAGGCCGCCAUUCGCGACAUCCGUAUCGAGUACGAGCAGGUAGAUAACUUCGCUGUUGCAAGUUGAUGAUUUGUUCCUUUUCAGCUUUGCCGCACCACUCGUGACGACCUCACCCGAUUCUACACUCGCCAAGUGCAGGACAUCUACCAGCAGUCAAGCAGGACCACCGUCGACCAGUCCUACGGCCGCCAGGAGUUGGUUACCAUUCGGACGACCCUUUCUGAACUCCGCACUCGCCUUGCUGAGCUCGAGAGCCGAGUAAGAAAAAAAUAUUGAAAAUUUUCAUCGAAAAUUGGUUUUCGUAGAACCUCCUUCUCGAAAGCCAGAUCGCCGCCCUCACCUUCGAAUCCAAGGAAGACAGCCAGAUCUUCGAGGCUGCUUUGGCCGAGAAGGACGCCCUCAUCAAGAAGAUGACCGCUCAAUGCACCGAGCUUACCGUGGAGAUGGAGAAACUCUGCGACCAACAAAUUGUGAGUUUUGGCGAAAAACAUUCUUUUCUACAAGGCUAACUUCACAAUUCCGUGGAAGGAAGUUGGAAAGUUAUUUUAAAUCAUUUUGGGAGUCCUGAAGAGUUUAUUAAUGCCCCACACCUUCCAAAAGCUGACUAGUUUUUUCAGAUACUGCAGUAGUCAUUCUGAUUGAGAUAAAAUUCUUGAAAACUUCCUUUUUUGGCUUUUGUCGAGCUAAUCAGGUCUUUAAGCUUCUCUAAUCAGUUAAAUUCCACUUUUAAAAACUUACUGAGAGUGAAAGCGCCUUUUUCGAACAUUCGCUAAUCUCCAAUAUUUCAGUCCCUCCACAUCGAGAUCGCUCGCUACCGCAAGUUGAUCGAAGGAGCAAACGUAACGACCUACUCCGUCAAGGCCUACACGCCUUCAUCCUCCAACGUCCAGCACUCCGUCCAUUACUCCUCGACGAGUUCCUCCAACGUUGCGGGCAACGUCGGUGGCUACGUCUCCAGAACGUCUAGCGGCCACGUCGGCGGCUUCGUCGGCGGUUCCAGCGGCCUCUCCGUCGGAGGACACAUCGGCCUCGGUGGCAACACCUACUCCGUCGGGGGACACAUUGGUGGAGGCACAGCCGGUGCGUCCUACUCUUCUUCCUCGUACCGUAGCAGCACGACUCGCUAGGCGGUCUUUUUCCACUGCCUCUAGCCAUCCUUUUACCCGUGUCUUUUUUUCAUUGUGAUGAUAUCUCUUUCCAAAGCGAACGUGCUUUUUUUUCUCCCUUCUUCCUUAGCGAUAUCUGGCAGAUCUUGGUUAGUCUGAUAAUUCUCCACUCUUUCUUUGUGCCUAGUGUUGUCCCUUGCAAUACCUAAUUGAGCGUGACUAUUCCAUUGUCUUGUUUCAUUAGAUAAUGCACGCCCGCCGCGGAAACUGUUGGAAAAAUGUCGUGCUCACUUGAGUUUCAAACGCCGUGGUUUAUCGCUUCUCUUUUCAACUCUUUCUUUUUUUUUUAUCAAUGCCAAUAAAACUGAUCAAGAUCUGUUUGUACGCGUAGAUAGCAAUUCCAAUCCUUCAAACUAAAAUGUGCAUGAUUCUGCUUUUGCCAACACAGCAGAGACAAUGGAAUGAAGAACAGUGAUAAGAAAAAAACCAUUGUCGAUUUCCAGUGACGAAAAAACCCGACCGAAUUCACGACGAAGAAGAAGUGAACGAUCGGCAACAGAGCCUCAAACGUUGGUACAAAGGGACUAUCCGAGUCACGGUACCUUUGAAUUCAUUGAGAAGACACUCUUAUGACAAUAUGCUUUUGAAAAACAGAGAAACUAUUACAGUAGCCUAACACUGAUAGAUCAAGGCAUUUUUCGUCUGUCAUAUUUUAAAAAACAAUUUUUCAACAAUCCAAAAUUCUUUCAUUUUUUUUUUUUGCAAUCGGUCUUCAGGAUGUGACACCUGAAUUCAUCGAGCUGGAGAAUAUUUGCGUCAUUCGUCGGGUUGAUGUUGGUGGUUUUAAGGUUAAAACUUCCCCAAAUAAUUUUUACCUGUCGGAAUUCCUAAUUAAGGUUGUCUACAAGGUGAAUGAUGUCGAACUAGGAGCAACUACCAUUUUCGGUUCUCUUGUUUUGGAUCCCAAACAGAAGCUUCGAGUGAGAUCUAAAAACUAAAAAAAUCAAGAAAACCUUUUUUUUUCAGAUUUACGCGCAAGAUGUUAACCCCGCGGCUGAAUUUACCAUGUCGGUUGAAUAUUUCGAUUGUUCGCCAAAUAUGAGGACUUUGGUCUAUAACGAAGAAAGAGAGGUAAUUUAUGGUUCAUGUGCCGCAAGAUUGACGCAAUAAGAAGAUUAGCGAAAGAAUCGGACAAAAAAGCCUAAGGCGUCUUUAUAGAAUAGAGAAUAGUUUGAAAAAAAAAUAGUGAUGGAUCAUUAUUCUGUUUCAGGAGAGAGCUUGGUUCGUGUACGUUUAA